CCGGCCGCCGCGCAAGCGGACCCGCAGGCUGUCGCCGCCGGCCCGGCCCGCAGCCAUGCACCAGCCGUGCGCCAACGGCGCACCGCCCCAGCUGCACCUCAACGGCGAUGCCUCCGCGCGGAACGGCGACUUGCAACCGCCAGGCCUCCGCAUGGGCCAGACCGACCAGGAGAUCGUGCGGCUCAUCGGCCAGCACCUCGUCUCCAUUGGACUUGAACGCAGUGCAUCUCUGCUGAUGGAGGAGUCUGGUCUGCACUUGGAGCACCCGGCAGCGGCUACGUUCCGACAGCACGUCCUCGCCGGCGACUGGGUGAAGGCCGACCACGACUUGCGCGCGCUUCACGAUCUGUUGCGCGACUCGCCGAACGUCGACCCCCACAAUCUCGCCGAGAUGAAGUUCGUGGUGCUAGAACAAAAGUACCUGGAACACCUGGAGGCGGGGCGCGUGCUGGACGCGCUGCACGUGCUGCGCAACGAGCUGACGCCGCUGCAGCACGACACGCCGCGCGUGCACCGGCUGUCCGCGCUCAUGAUGUGCGCCGACGCUGCUGAGCUGCACGCGCGCGCCUCCUGGCCUGGAGCUGGUCCGCCUUCGCGUGCAGCCGUACUCGCGCGCGUUCAGGCGGUGCUGCCGCCGGCGCUGAUGAUGGCGCCGGGGCGGCUGCGCGCGCUGCUGGCGCAGGCGGCGGCGCAGCAGGCGGCGCGGUGCAGGUUCCACGCCGCGCCGCGCCCCGAGCCCGCGCCGCCCGCGCCGCCCGGGCCCGGGGCGCAGGGCCCGCUGGCCGCCGCGCUGGCGCCGCCCGACCACCACAUCCCCUUCACGCUGCUCGCUGACCACCAGUGCUCGGCUGACAACUUCCCCAUCCACUCGCUGCAGGUAUUGAACGAGCAUUGCGAUGAGGUGUGGUAUUGCAAGUGGUCUCCCGACGGGUCCAAGCUCGCAUCUGGUUCCAAAGACAACACCGUCAUGAUAUGGGACUUCGAUCCCGCCGCUAAAAGACUAACAUUUAGAAAGUCACUGGAGGGCCACACCUACGGCGUGUCAUACCUGGCGUGGAGCCCCGACGGCCGUUACCUGAUCGCUGCCGGCCCAGAGAACUGCCCCGAUCUCUGGAUAUGGAACAUGGAGACGGAACAACUCCACCAAAAGAUGACUCAGUCGCAAGAGGACUCUCUGACGGCGGUGGCGUGGCACGCCGGCAGCGACAAGUUCGUGUGCGGCGGCGGCAGCGGACAGUUCUAUCACUGCGGACUCGACGUACGUACCGCACACAUUUCAUCCUACAAAGGAUAUCGGAACAACCUCACCGACACACACGCAACCUGUCAGUACUCGCUCCCCACACACACGCACCACCGCGUGCGAGCGUACGACUUCACAGACCUCACCGACCGCAACCUGAUCCAGGAAGAACACGCGGUAAUGGCGAUGACGCUGAAUGCCAACGACACGCUGCUGCUGCUCAACGUCGCCAACCAGGGCGUGCACCUGUGGGAUAUACGUGCUCGCGCGCUGGUGCGUCGGUUCCGGGGCCUCAGCCAGGGACACUUCACCAUCCACGCGUGCUUCGGCGGCGCCCAUCAAGACUUCAUCGCCUCCGGGUCAGAGGAUAACAAGGUGUAUAUAUGGCACAUCAACGGCGAGGAGCCCAUCGCAGUGAUCACGGGCCACACGCGGUGUGUCAACGCGGUCGCCUGGAACCCCGUGCAUCAUGACGUCAUAGUGUCCGCCUCCGACGACUACUCGCUGCGGCUGUGGGGCCCGCGCGAACAACGCACCUAGCGCGCGCCCAUCACCCUGUGCGACUUCAUGCGACCCCGCGCGACCUCACGCGACACCGCGCGACCCCGCGCGACCUCACGCGACACCGCGCGACCCCGCGCGACCUCACGCGACCACUCGCGACCUCACGCGCCCACACUCGCCCGUCUGAACUGAAUUGCUUUAAUUACAAUAAUGAUAUAUUCGAAUAGAACUGUUUGAUUACUCGUAAUAACCAGAAAUCAUUGGAAAUAGAACCGUGUGUAUAUAGAAACAAUGACCAAUUUCAGAUUGCCCCCACUCGUAUAUAAUUCUUACAAGGGCAGUUUUAAAGGCACAUAUUA